AUGGCGAUUAAUCCCCUAAAGUUCGAAAAACCUGAUCACCAGAAGAUGAAAUGGAGCUCAGAUCAUGACCAGAACUCCAUGGAAGCGAGGUCGUAUGUAUGUGGUUUCUGCGAGAAAGGCUUCUCAAAUGCACAGGCUCUUGGGGGGCACAUGAAUAUCCAUCGAAAGUAUAGGGCCAGACUCAAACAAGCCGAGGAUGAAAACUUGCUGCCUAUGGACAUAACAACGUCUGGUCCCACUGUCGAUCCAGCUUUGGAGGAGAAAAUUCUAUUUCAACUCGGAUCUGGGGAUCAGGAUAAAAAAAGUUGCAGUCCUAAAAAGCCAUGCUCUCGCUCUGUGGAUUAUAUGGGAAAAGCCAUUAACAAAAAAUCUCAUCAGCUUCCCAGUUUGUUUGGAGGCGGGAAUUAUGAAGAGAAGGAGAUGAUGCAGUACAACUUGAGCACUCAUGCUUCGCAGCAUAGUAAUAUUGCAGAAGUGGACCUUGAACUUCGGUUAGGGCCUGAGCCUCAUGCAGAGAUAUCCAUAGCGAGUACAAAAGAAUUCUUUUAA